AUGGAAGAAAGUGAUGUCCGCACGGUCAACUGGCUGAUGCAGUCUGGCGAUGAUGGAACCCAUUCAGAUGAUGACGACUCAUUUGACCAGAGAUCCUGUGCCGCCCAAUCUCUCACAGUCGUCGCAUCCAGCCCAGCCAAUCACCCGAUUCCCAUCCACAAUAUUGGCCACUCAACAGUCGAUGAUGUAGAAGAUUCAAAACAUUGUCCAGACAUUCUAUCCCCAGACAUGGUCACGACCAACUCUGUCCAUCCAGACGUGCCCUGUUCUGACGAACUCCUCACGGACUCCCCCCUCCCGGUUGACAAUCCUCGAGACGUUGACACCCCUGUGAUAGCUACUGUAGACGAAGAACAGACUCACCAUGCCAAGCUAUACAACCCCAAGAUCAAGGGAUCACCUCUUGUCAUUGGAGACAGAGUACUGAUUGCCAACAGAGGAGUACAGGGGAAACACGAGGUUGCAGACAAGUGGGAAUCUACCCCUUAUGAGGUCAUAUCAGUCAAGCCUGAUAUCAAUGUCUACAGAGUUAAGGAUGUCCUAACGGGCAGAGAGAGAGUUGUCCACAGAAACCUGCUACUCUCUGUUAGCUUCUUGCCCUGUGAGAGUGCUGAGGACCAUGAAUCUGACAGUGCUGCUGCUACGCAUGGAAGUGGUCUAUGUCCAGAUGUACCUGAUGUGAUGGAAGAAAGUGAUGUCCGCACGGUCAACUGGCUGAUGCAGUCUGGCGAUGAUGGAACCCAUUCAGAUGAUGACGACUCAUUUGACCAGAGAUCCUGUGCCGCCCAAUCUCUCACAGUCGUCGCAUCCAGCCCAGCCAAUCACCCGAUUCCCAUCCACAAUAUUGGCCACUCAACAGUCGAUGAUGUAGAAGAUUCAAAACAUUGUCCAGACAUUCUAUCCCCAGACAUGGUCACGACCAACUCUGUCCAUCCAGACGUGCCCUGUUCUGACGAACUCCUCACGGACUCCCCCCUCCCGGUUGACAAUCCUCGAGACGUUGACACCCCUGUGAUAGCUACUGUAGACGUGCAGACAUACGCAAAGCUUUUUCAGUCACUCAAUCAAAAGUAUGAAAGAGAUGUUUCUGGUCUUAAAGCCCAAGUGGAAGCACACGAGAAAGAGCUAGAGCGUGAAAGAGAAGCCAGCUCAGAUAGAGCAAUGAAAGACCUGGAGGAAAUCGACAAACUGAGAGAAGAUCGAGACUUUAUCUUUAAAUCAAUGACAAAAGAGUUCAUGUUUCUGAAAAUCAGCAAAAACAAUUUGCAGGUGGAGUAGGACCAGGUGAAACGUUCAUAUGAAGAACUCGUUCAGAAGUAUGAAACAGAUGUUUCUGGUCUUAAAGCCCAAGUGGAAACAUAUGAGGAAGAGCUAGAGCAUGAAAGAGAAGCCAGCUUAGAUAGAGCAAAGAAAGACCUGGAGCAAAUCAACAAACUGAGAGAAGAUCAAUAUGAAUCAAUGACAAAAGAGUUCACGUUUCUGCAAAGCAGCAAAAACAGUUUGCAGGCGGAAUUGGACCAGGUAUGACGUUCAUACGAAGAUCUCGAUCAGAAGUAUGAUACAGAUGUUUCUGGUCUUAAAGCCCAAGUGGAGACAUAUGAGAAAGAGCUAGAGCGUGAAAGACAAGCCAGCUCAGAUAGAGCAAAGAAAGACCUGGAGCAAAUCAACAAACUGAUAGAAGAUUGAGACUUUAUCUAUGAAACAAUGACAAAAGAGAUCACGUUUUUGCAAAGCAGCGAAAACAAUUUACAGGCGGAGUUGGACCAGGUGAAACGUUCACACGAAGAACUCGAUCAGAAGUAUGAAAGAGAUGUUUCUGGUCUUAAAUCCCAAGUGGAAACAAAAGCGCACUUGGAGGACAACAUGAAAGCCAUAAAUACCACCCUCCGAGAAAACACAGAAAAAGAGAUACAAAUCCUGCUAGAGAAGGAAAGAGAUGCACAGACUGAGUUAGAGAAGAUAAAGGAUUUGUACCAGGUGCUGCAUUGUAGUUAUGAAACCGAUGUUGCAGAACUGAAACAAGAAGGAAAAUAUCAGCAAGUAAGUUGGGAGAGAAAUAUUAAUUUGGAAAGAGUAGAUGAGGAUCUAGAGCUGGCCAGCUCUCUGACAGGUGAGAAGGAAGAUCUCGAACAAAAAACAUCACAAGAGUUCACAGAUUUUCAAGAGGAGGAGAAAGAGAGCCAACCUGACCAUGUUGAAGUCAGGUUGGCUUCUGAGGAGGAUUUCUCCGAAGAAUCCAUAGAAAUGAUAGACUUGGCUGCAGGAACCAUCCCGGAGAAUUUGGACAACAUGCAAGAUGGUAAAAGGAAAAAACCAAAGCUUUCGAUUUGGAAAAGAAUGCAAAACUUCAUGUGUUUGAAGAAAUCGAAAAAAGAAAGAAAAGAGUGAACUAACAUCAAGAACAUCUAGCUUUAACCUUUCUUCGGAGGAUUUCUCCGAAGAAUCCAUAGAAAUGAUAGACUUCGCUGCAGGAUCCAUCCCGGAGAAUUUGGACAACAUGCAAGAUGGUAAAAGGAAAAAACCAAAGCUUUCGAUUUGGAAAAGAAUGCAAAACUUCAUGUGUUUGAAGAAAUUGAAAAAAAAAAGAAAAGAGUGAACUAACAUCAAGAACAUCUAGCUUUAACCAUCCUGCCAUGCGACACUCCAUCAUGAGGAGAUUUAGAAAGGCCAGUUUUUUUCCUCCCCUUAACCAACUGAAAAAAGGAUUCCCUCCUAAUCCAAUUCAAAAAACUUUCAGAUGAAUUUGAAAUAGAAAAAAAAAGUGGGCAGCAUGGAGAUACAGUGGCUAGCACUGCAGUUGCACAGAAAGGAUGUGUCACGUCUUUGCUGUGUGGAGUUUGCAUGUUCUCCCCGUGCCUGCGUGGGUUUUCUCCAGGUACUCUGGUUUCCCCCCACAUACCCUAAAACAUGUAGGUUAGGUCAUUUGGUCAAUGUAAAUUGCCCCCCAAAAGAGUUUAAGAAACUGCAAGAAUUGGUUUAAGAUCACCUAAGAGUCAUGUAGCAUCAGCACUACAUCUAAGACUAUUCCUCACCCCACUGUGGCUGCUUCCUCUACAUCAGCCCUGUUUCAGUGGUAGGUGGUGCAGAUUCUCAACCACACAUAGCUCAAUAUUUAUAGCAACCUAUUAAUUUAAGAAUUGCAAUUCUUCUUGUAAUUGUAAUGAUUUCUGUUUAUUUUCUCACUGUUCUUGUAGUUUUAUGGUUUGUCCUUUAUUUUACCUUCUCUACUCACUUUUUAUGUUGCAUUUGCACUUUUUUGUGGUGAAAUGUAGCUCAUUGUGUUUAAAUCUGGAAUUUACAAAAAGGUUGACAAAAAGAUCAUGCAGUGGCUUUUUUGUUGUUUUUUCAGGGGGACUGCGGCUGUGGAUAGAGUGGUCGUCUUGUGAUUAUAAGUUUGUAGUUCAAUUUCAGCUUCCUCCUGCCACAUGUCCAGGCCCCCCUGGGCUCUUAGCCCCUGGUUGCCUACUGAUCUGCUUAUCGGUGUAAAUGUGUGUGUGGGUGAAUGUGACUUUAGUGUGAAGUGCUGUGAGUGGUCAAAAUGAUUAGCAAGGCACUACGUAAGUUCAGUCCAUUUAUCUUUUUUUUUUCUUUGAUAAAUCCUGUGUUAUUGUUUCUUUAUACCAAACAUAAAAAAGCUGAUUUAACAAGUUUUUACUUCUUCAGGGUCCCAGGUGUUAAAUUAAGGUUAGAAUUACAUCUGUACAUAAUAUUGGAUGAUAAUUGUAAUAAUAGUUUAAUACUCCGGACCCUGAAGAAGGAAAAACUUGUUCUAUCUGGUUUGUUUGUUAUAAGAAAAAACAGGUUUUAUCAAAAUUGAAAGGAACUGCGUGAUCUUUCUGUUAGUCUUUAUUUAGAAAAUUUAUUCAAGAUAGCCUAACAAAUUUAACAAAAAAGUGCAAUUUAACAUGAAAAACUGAGUAGAAAAGGUAAAAAAAAGAACAAUCUGUGAAAGUACAAAAACGGGGAACUUAAUAAGAAAUUAUUGCUGUUAGUGGAGGAAAAUCAGUUCUUAAAUGAAUACAUUGCUAUGAGUAUGAGCCUAUGUGUUGUUGAGCUUAUGUGUUAUCUACUGGUAUGAAAGAGAAGAAUGACAGGAUGCAAAACAUCUAGGCUGUAGACCAACUCUGUUAUCCUGGGUUCAAUUCCAAGUCUUGGGCAAUCUGCUGCAUGUCUCUCCUCCAAAUCUCCUGUUCAAUUAGUGUUAAAUAAAGGCCAGUAGAGAAUGAAAGAACUGACCACCACGUUUCCUUAUGGAAAAAAAAAAAAAUAAUACAACUCUUUUUUUUUUAAUCUCUCUCUUACUCUUAAUACAUAAGUUACUUAAUAUACAUACACACAUAUACAUACAUAAAUGCAUACACACAUAUACAUAUACAAACAUGCACACACAUACACAUCCCUUUCAUAGGCUGACACCUUAUUGUGGUGGAGGGGUUUGAGUGUCCCAGUUAAAUCAAUCACGUUGAAAAAUAGUUAGGAUUGUUGAUUUUUGGUUG